GUGACGUCUCGGAAGUAAAACAGGCUUAGAUGAUGUCAUGAAAGUUGCGACAGUUGUCUGUUCUUUUCGUUUUUUUUAAAAAAAGAUCAUUAUUCAUUUAAUUUAUUUAGAUUACAUACUGUAUACACUGAGUAUACUGCAUGUCAUUUGGCCAUCAAGGCCAACUCUUUGAAUGUUUAGUAUCCGGAGUCUUGUGUCGCUGAGUUUGCCUGUCAAUGGAAAGUGAAAAACACAACGAGUGGAGUUCGGCUUUAGAUGAAGACUUAAUUCAGGAUCCCGUUUCUGCUGUGAUUCCGCCGGGUCCUGCUCCAUGGAGCCUAUCAGCCGGGCCCUGGUCCUCUGAGAGCAGCGUCCCAGCAGUAUUACAUCAAUCUGCUGAAGCAUACAAUUACAGCAGGUUUAUCCCCAGCAAUGAAACACAAAGCCAAACCAUACAGACGGAGGACUGGACAGAGGACAGAUCUACAAACACAAAUGAGAACUGGGAAUCAGACAUGUCAUCACGAAUCAGCUCCCUUAAGGAUGCCAUGCAUCAUGUUGUCUCAAAGACUGACAAAACAUUCAAAUUAGUGGUGAAGUAUAUCAAUGCAGUGAAAGGGCGUGGUCUAUUUGCAAAGGGUUCCAUUUGCAAAGAUGAAUUUGUUGUUGAAUAUAGGGGAGAUAUAAUAAACGAUGCAGAGUUGCAGAACAGAAGAAAACGUUACCACACAUCCAGUGCUGCAUUUAUGUUUGAGUUUAAGUGGAGAGGGAAAACAUGGUGUAUUGAUGCCUCUAGAGAAGAUGGAUCAUUUGGGCGAAUAGUUAAUGAUGACCACAAACAUCCAAACUGUGAGAUGAGGAAAAUUUAUGUGAAUGGAAAGAUACAUCUUUGUUUGUUUGCCCUGAAUGACAUUAAAGAAGGAGAAGAAAUUACAUAUGAUUAUGGAGGAGAAGACUACCCAUGGAGAACACAAAUGACCAGCAUUGCUGCUAAUACCAAGGCAGAAGGUGACUCUGAUCCUUCCCCCAGGUCACAGACUCAGAUGAAUGAUGCUACUGGUCAAAAUAACUCUCCUCAACAAAUUGUGACACAGCUCCAAAAUGAAAAUGAGAUUUUUGUACCAAGACUGAGACCAACUAAAAGCAUAAUUAUGAAAGACAAAGAUCUUGAAGAUUCUGAUGAACUCUUUGAUUCUACACCAGAGAGUUCAGAUUAUUACUUUACAGAUACUACUUCUGAAAGUGACUUUGACAGUGAUGCUAAUCUUAUACCAAACCAGACAAAACUUCAGCUUCUUUAUGAUGAACUGGAUGUUGAUGAUUCUGGCUCACUGAGUUCCCUUGACUGUGACACAGCAACACCAGAAAAAAUGCACAGCCUUUCAUCUGAAGCAUCUGGAACAGAAGAACCAUGUUCAAGUCAGAAUGCAAUAGAAGGCGUAGUUGUUAGUGCGUACCAAAAAAGAGGUGUUAGUAGAGUGUACAACAAGAGACAUUACUGCCUGUAUUGCUGUAAGCCUUAUGCUAAGAUGGCAAGGCAUCUAGAAAGUUCACACGCAAAUGAAUCUGAUGUGGCUAAAGCGCUAAGCUUUCCAAAGAGUUCCAAGGAGAGAAAAAAACAGCUAGAUUAUAUUCGCAACAGAGGAAACUAUGUUCACAAUGCAGCUGUUAUGGAAUCAGGAAAGGGGGAACUAGUGCCAUAUAAACGACCCUCCAAAGAAGCGCAGGGGAAAGAUUUCAUGCAUUGUGCAUACUGUCAAGGACUUUUUGCAAGAAAGGUCCUGUGGCGACAUAUGCGCACUUGUAUACUUCAACCUCAAUCGGUCCCCCUCAAACCAGGAAAAAACCGUGUUCAGUCGAUGUGUAUAUACACAGGGCCUGUGCCUUCAAACAUGACUAAACAACUAUGGGAAGUAAUUAGUGUCAUGAAUCUUGACCCAAUCACAGAUAUAAUAAAAAAAGACAAGGUAAUUAUUGAUGUUGGUCAGCAUUUGUUAAACAUAGGUGGACUAACAGCCAAGAAUAAACAGUGUGUGCGAGAGAAGAUGCGAGAAUUGGGAAGGUUGGUUCACAAUGCUAGAAGAGUCACCUCCUUAAAAACAAUGGAAGAUUGUGUAAAUCCAAAGAAGUACAUGGAGACUGUCAAAGCUGUCAAGUAUACAUGUGGGUAUGAAUCUGACAAGUUCAUGAUUCCAUCACUUGCAAAAAAGCUUGGGAAUUCUCUGCUUCAAGUAAGCAAACUCUUAAAAGCUCAGGGCUUAAUGUCAAACGACAAACAACGAGUGAAGAAUGCCAGUGAGUUUCAAGAUGUCCAUCAGGAAAAGUGGAACGAAAUGAUCUUAGACACGGCAUUGAGGAAUAUUAGGGAAGCAAAGUGGAAUGUGCCCGCUCUCAUACCCUUUGCUGAAGAUGUACAGAAAAUGCACACAUAUCUCAGUCAAGUGCAAGGUGAGUGGUACAAAUCACUCUCUGAAAGUUCCUCUACUAAAGCCUGGAUGGAGCUGGCAAAGGUUUGUCUAGCCCAGAUAAUUCUCUUUAACCGGCGCAGGGGAGGAGAGGUGGCCUGCAUGACAUUGUCUGCAUUUUUUUCAAGAGACACUUCUGAUCCACAUGAGGAUGUGGACUGGGCACUGUCCGAAGUAGAAAAAAAACUCUGCAGGCACAUCUCAAGGAUCAUCACCAUGGGAAAGUGUGGUCAACCAGUUCCAAUUCUUCUGACUCCAAAAAUGCUGUGCUCCUUAGAACUCCUUGUUAAGCAGAGAGAGCCUUGUGGAGUUCUAAAAGACAAUGUUUACAUGUUUGCAAAACCAGAAGCCAUGACACAUUUCCGAGGGUCAGACUGCCUCCGUGGCUUUGCAAAGGCAUGUGGUGCAAAGUGUCCCAAAUCACUGACAUCUACCAGACUGCGAAAGCAUGCUGCAGUCCUUUCAACAGUGCUGAAUAUGACAGAAACGGAGAUGGACCAGCUUGCAAACUUUCUUGGACAUGAUAUAAAAAUGAAUCGUGAAUUCUGCCUACUCCCUGAGAAGACCCUGCAACUCGCCAAAAUCUGCAAAGUCCUAAUGGCUCUCGAACAAGGAAGAUUAGCUGAGUUCCAUGGCAAGAACUUGGAUGAAAUUGUGAUAGAUCCUGAUGAAAAAGUUCUGGAAAGUGAUGAAGACAGGAUAAUACAAGAGGGACAUUGUUCAUCUGCUGCUUAUGAACCAAUAGCAGAGGAGGCACUUACUCCUGCCGAGAGGAAUGAUAUGCCACCACCACCCAAAAGACAAAAACCACCAUCACCACCGCCACCUUCAGGAGCCAGUGCUGUGAGGCCUUGUUUUCAAGGUCAAACUACCCAUAAGAAAAAUCCCUGGCAGCAGACAGAGGUGCAGGCAGUGGAAAGGCACAUGAUGCGAUUCAUCACAUCUUUUACUGUACCAGGAAAGAGUGACUGUGAGAAGUGUUUAAAGGCUGAACCAGAAGCUCUAAAGAACCGGGACUGGAAGAACGUGAAAUUCUUCAUAUAUAACCGUAUUACAGCCUAUAAAAAGAGUUUGCAGUGCAAAUAAUAUGAAGAUUACCAACUCUC